AUGGGAGGCAAGAUUGAGUGCUUCUUGGAUCUCGCAUCCUAUUUUAGCUACGUCGCGUUCGUAGACUUGGCGCAGAAUCGAGAUAAGCUGGCGGCCAAUGGAGUGGAAAUAGAGAUUCAGCCCGUGCUGCUGGGCGGCAUCAACCACCUCUCAGGGAACCGCCCUCCAUGGACAAACGAGGCCAAGGCCAAGUAUCUAAGGUACGACUCUCGUCGUGCCGCAGAGCGCGUCGGCCUUGUCGACAUCGAGAGCCCCCCUGAUCUGAUGGCUGUUUCCCACACCAUCUCACCGCUGCGUGCUCUGCACUACAUCAAGGCCAACUACCCAAAAGCCACCUUCCUCGCCGCCUUUGAGGCCUGCUUCAAGGCCUUCUGGACGCCUCCCAACGUCAACCUCAUCCCGGAGGAGAACCUGCGCGCCGUGCUGCUGGGGGCGACAGAGAAGCCCGGCGACAGCGGCAGCAAGAAGCUCUUCACCGCGGACGAAGUGGAGAAGAUUAUCAAGGCCCGUGGUAGCAUGAAGGAUGUUCUCAUGGCCACUACCCAGAGGGCUGUUGAUCAGGGGGCCUUUGGCGCGCCUUGGAUUUGGGUGACGAAUGCAAAGGGCGAGCAAGAGCCGUUUUUCGGUAGCGACCGGUUCCACCAUAUUUACAAGUUUUUGGGCAUUCCCUUUCAGGAUAUUGCCGUGUUGACGCCGUCAAAGUUGUAG